GCAGAUGCAGUUUCUGAUGGUUGGGGGAGUCAGCAGUCGCCAGGAGGGAGCUCAUGGAGGAUGACAUUCUGCUGAACACCACCACCGCGAGGAGGAAGGAGAACCAUGGGCAGUACGGAGGCUUCUGGCUCGCCGAGAUCAUGCAAAACGCCAUCGCUGCCGCUCACACACGCAUCAAGUCCAACCCACCUGACAUCUUGCUGGCCAGCUUGCCGAAAUCCGGCACCACCUGGCUCAAGGCCCUCGCCUUCGCGACGCUGAACCGUGCCACGCACUCGCCGUCCGACGCCCAGCACCCGCUCAGGCACCACAACCCCCACGACUGCGUCGGCUUCCUGGAGAUGAUGGUGACCAAGGACGACGACGACGACGAGGCCCUCCUCCGUUCUCCAUCACGGCCACUGCUGGUACAAACACACGUGCCCUACUCCCUGCUUCCUGAUGCCAUCACGGCGGAGGGCUCCGGGUGCCGGCUCGUGUACGUGUGCCGGGAUCCCAAGGACAUGCUGGUCUCCUUCUGGAACUUCCACCUCAAGGAGGGACCGACUUUGGCCGCUGCCGGUGGCGGCGGCGCCUGGGUCGGCGACUCGUCGGCGGCGGCAGCAGGCCUGACCAAAUUCGAGGACGUCUUCGAGCUCUUCUGCGAGGGACGGUACCCUGGAGGCCCCUACUGGCUCAACGCCAUGGAGUUCUGGCAUGAGAGCCAGAGGAGGCCCAACGAGGUGCUGUUCCUGAGGUACGAAGACAUGCUGGGUGAUCCGGUCGGUAAUGUCAAGAAGCUAGCAGCGUUCAUGGGGUGUGCGUUCGAGGAGGAGGAGGAGGGGGAUGGGGUCGUGGAGCAGAUCGUGGAGCUCUGCAGCUUGGAGAGUCUGAAGAGCAUGGAGGUGAACAAGAAUGGCACUACGGUGCUGUCCUUCAGGAAUGAGGCGUACUUCAGGAAGGGAAAGGUUGGUGACUGGAAAAACUACAUGACGGUGGACAUGGCGGCGAGGCUGGAUAAGAUUGUUGAGGAGGCCACUCGAGGUUCUGGACUCACCUUUGCAGGAUCAGUGUUGCAUAAUUAAUAAUAAGAUUGUUCAACCCUCUCUAUAUUUACCAUCAUAUAAUAUAUAGCUAUAUAUAUAAGAUGAAAUAUGGCAGUACGCACUACAUGAAAACUGGGCUUUGCCGACCGCUAAAAUCAUGGUUGUACAAGAAAACAGGUUGGAACCUCAUGUGUGUGUGUCAGUUUUUGUGGUUGUACAAGAAAAUACGGAUCACACAUCUUUGUUAUAUAAUGAAAUUAUGUUCUUCAUUUCA